GGGUAUCUGUCGUCCUCCCGGAGGAAGGAACGUGGACGGACCUAGAGCCAGCUUAUAAAACCGUGAUGCUGGACGAGAAGGACGCGUUCCUUUGGAUAGAGACAACCUGGACUAAGGUCAGCCUGACAAGACUUUCGCCCAGCCUGAUGGACCUAGAAUUCCGGGGAACGGUGAAAGCUCGAGGAUGGGUCUACGUAUCUCAGGAAAUGGAAAAUGCAAUGGUAGAGGGACUAGUAUUGGGCACGGCGCCAGAUCGGUUGUUUAAGCAAGCGGAUCGAGAAGUGGUAUGGGCGGCAUGUCAGCGGGCGGAAAUGGAGAUGGAAAAGAUGGAGGUGCGAGUGGAACUCGGAGACCGGAAAAAUAUGAGACGCCCCCUUAGGACGAUGAGAUGCGUGCUACCCCCAUUUCUGGUGGACGCAGUCUUUGGGACCAGGGAUAGAUUGGAACGGAUAUGUCGGUCGAUGACGCGCCUGAGGCUGUACCAAUGUGCUAGACAAGACUUCUUUAGACUGUCGGUGGAAGCGGGGCCGUUUGAAGGAAACUGGGCGGAAGAAUUAGCUGAGGUAUUAAACCUCCUCAGUGCGGACGAAAUCUUUGUUCCCAGUCCGGUGCAUUGGCAGAUAGUUUACCGGAAUGUGGCGACAGGGGAAACCUUCUUGGAGGGGGUGAAGGACCUGUUCUCAGACGAAGAAGGGGGUUUCAGUGAUGAUGAGGACGAAGAUGAGAUAGAGGACUGGGACUUCUGAAAACGGGGGCGGGGACUUACCCAGGGGCGGGCUGUCGACUAUGUGCAGGUAGGGAGCGAUGGCCCGGAAAUUUCUGCUGUGGGACUGCACAUGGGAACCAAGGCGAACCAGAGGUGGGGUGGAAAUGUCUAUACCGAUGGGUAAUGAAUGGAAGGGGACCACGUGUGACUGGCGGGGGUAUGAGAUCGUGCCAGAGCUAUCAUACCUAUGGAUAAAACGUGUCUGGAACC